AUGAAGAUGUUAUUAUAUGUUUCAUGCUUGGUUUGUUAUUAUAGUUUAAUAGAGUCCAUUUACAGUAGGUUUAAGAUGUGGCAUGCCGCUCUUUUGCGGUUUAUCAGGCGACGAUUAGUUUUAGGAAUAAUUUUUGCAUCAUCAUUGACCUAUUGCAUUGUUAGUUUCCUCAAGGAGGGUAACAAUAAAAAUAUGGUGUAUCAAGAUGUGUCUAUAGAACAUAAACCAUUCGUAUGGAGAACACUUCAAGAGCACAAUGAAACUCAAGAUACUUUGUGUAGAAACUCAAUUCAAGGAAAGUCUUUACUUGUGGAUGACCGAGGUUAUGUAUGCCAAAGAAUGGAUUUGGCUAAGAAUGGGUGUUGCAACACAGAAGCUAAAUAUACUCAGAGGUAUAGCUGUAAAUCAUGCAAGAAUAACAACUGUUGUGUUAUUUAUGAAUAUUGUGUAUCCUGCUGUCUCGAUCCCAGUAAGAGGAGUUUGCUAGAGUUGGUGCUGUCAAAACUGUCAGCCGAGGAGAAGGUUUUGUUCCGUUCAAUAAGUGAUGAUUAUGAGUUAUGUCUAACAAAGUGUAGAACGAGUUCUCAUAGUGUGCUUCAUGAGAAUUCCUAUAAAGAUCCCAGUCAUAAGCACUGUUUUGGCGACAGAACAAAUUCAAAGCAAACAGACUAG